CAGAGAGCGUUGUGAAUAACUCCUGAAAUAGAAGCCACUGGAGCGUAUAAAGGAAAAAAUGUAAAAGCCAGUGUGGACAGAGAGGGUUUUGUGCUUGCAAUGUGAUAUGUUUGGUGAGUUAUGUUCAUAUGGAAAGAAAUAAAGUAAGAAUAGGGUUCAACUGGGAAAAAGACCCAAGUAAGUGAAGGGGAGACCAGAAGGGGAGGGAAGAGGCCGGGCCUGAGAAAGAACCAGACUGAAAGAAAGGGAGAGUGAGAGAGAGACCAAGAGAGAGAGAGAGAGAGAGAGAGAGACAGACAGAGAGAAAGACAGAGACGGAGGGGGAGGGCAAAAGGUUUGGUGACAAGGGAAAGGCGUGCUCAGCUCAGGCUGAAAGUCUGAAUCAGAGAAAGGAAGACAUUUGGUGUGCACAGUUAUUCUUCCUGUUGUACAUUACCAUACUCAACAAAAAGAAGUUCCUCUUUUUACUUUUAGUUUACUUUUAAGUUUACUUUUCUAAACUCUGGAACCAAGAGGCCUAUUUGAACUGUACUCUGAAGUUCAUUCUUUUCAACAUUUAACUUUGAGCAAUAAGACUCUGAAUUACUCGGUUGCACUGAUUGGUGUUCUUUAUGGAAGAUUGUCUGCGUUCACCAUGGGGAUUGGUGUAGAACUGCUCAUCUUUGGGCUGCUGUGUAUGUUGGGCAGAGGUGUCUGUGAUUGUACCCCGGGCUACAACACAGAAGGACGCAAGUGCACUGAUAUUGACGAGUGUUUGGACAUCUCCGAAAAAUGUGGGAACAACACCAAAUGCUACAACACAGAGGGCAGUUUCUACUGUCAGUGUGAUUCUGGUUUUAGAAACAUCAACAGAGCGGUGAACCUCACUGCGCUAACUGGACAGUGCCAAGAUGUCAAUGAAUGUGUGGAUGAUGUUGAAAUCUGUGGCCGUCAUGCUUCUUGCUCUAAUCUGAUUGGGAACUACACAUGCACCUGCUCUUCUGGCUACACUUCAAACCAGAAUAUCUCUGGGGACUGCAGAGACAUAGAUGAAUGUCAGGAAGAUAACAUCUGUGGAGAGAAAGGCAAGUGUAAGAAUGAAGACGGAAGCUUCUGGUGUGAUUGUCCACGAGGAUACACCAACUACGGCAACCAGGGGAUGCCUUGUUCUGAGCUUCAAUGUGAUUUCUUCAGUUCUGAAAGUGGACCCACACAGUUUCUUGGAGGCUUAAUGAGAAACAGCUGUCUGGCUUUGUCCAAUCCCAAUUCAGCUAGUGAAGAGAAGGCCGACGGUGAUGCGCUACUGAAGAAACUUUUUACGGCAACAGAUACUAUCCUGUCACCUGGUCAUCUGGACAGCCGUGAAGAUGUGAGCAAGCUGCUGGGCACAGUGGAAAACUCCAUUAUGUUCAUUGGUCCCCAGCUCAAAAACAACCAAACCAAGAUGAACACGUCAGAGACAGAUGCAGUGAUAGCUGUUCGAAAGGGAAACAGUCGACCCAGUGGACCGAUCCAUUUGACCAUUGACAAUGCAGCACUUGACACUGACUGGGAAACUGCAACCGGGACAGGCACUUACGCAGGUUUUGCUUUGGCUGCAUUAUUGAGCUACAAAAACCUUACAAGUGCAGUAAAUGGUUCUUUUGAGGAGCUCAAAGGUCAUGAAAGAGACGGUGUGGACCCCUCCUUUCAGAUCUUUUCCAGAGUUGUGUCUGUAGUUGUCUCCAAUCCCUCCACUCAACAUUUGGGCCACUCUGUCAACAUCACACUGAGACAUUUAGAGGACAAGGACGUGUCCCCUGAAGUGAGUUACAUCUGUGCCUACUGGAGUGUGAGAGAGGCCUGGUCAACAGAUGGUUGUUAUCCACAGCACUCUAAUACCUCACACACUGUGUGUGCAUGUGAACAUCUGAGCAGCUUUGCUGUUCUCAUGGCCCUUUAUCCCAUGGAGCAUCCUUUUGGACUCCAGAUUGUGAGCAAAAUGGGGUUGAUCAUCUCCAUAGUGUGUCUGAUACUAAGCAUCCUGACCUUCAAGUUCUGCCGCUCCAUACAAGGGACACGCACCACCAUCCAUCUUCACCUCUGUAUCUGCCUCCUCCUUGCUGACAUAAUUUUUCUGGCCGGUAUUUCACAAACUGAACCUGUGGGCGGCUGCCGAUUUGUUGCGGGCAUGCUACAUUACUUUUUUUUGGGAGUCUUCACCUGGAUGUUACUGGAAGGUGUUCAGCUCUACCGAAUGGUUGUCCUGGUGUUCAAUGCCACCAUUCGACCUCUCUAUCUGUUUGUCAUUGGCUAUGGAACACCGCUAGUCGUCGUCAUGAUCUCUGCCAUCAUUAGACCCCAGAGAUAUGGCACUAACCAGCACUGCUGGCUCUCCCUGAAAGAUGGCCUCAUCUGGAGUUUUUAUGGCCCAGUUUGCUUCAUCAUCCUUGUUAAUGUCCUCUUCUUCACUAUCACUGUGCUGAAGUUGGCCCAGAAAUUCACAAGCCUUAACCCAGACCUCUCCAAACUGCAGAAAAUGAAGGCUUUUACGGUGACAGCUAUAGCCCAGAUGUGCAUACUGGGACUGAUGUGGGUGUUUGGGGCUUUCCUGUUUGAAGAGAACGCCACAGCAGUUGUUGCUGCCUAUAUAUUCACUAUACUGAACAGCCUCCAAGGGGCAUUGAUCUUUUUCUUGCAUUGUCUGCUAUCGAAACAGGUGAGAGAGGAGUAUGCCUAUGUUUUCUCUUGCAUCUGCACACAACAAAGGAAGAAGCUCUCAGAUUUCAGCAGCAGUUCCAACCCCUCAAGCAGCCGGUCACAGGGUUCAAGAGGUGGACAUCAAACUGGAGAAUCCCAAAUAUAAAAAGCUAUUCCAGAGAGAGAGCUAUCCCAGUUUGAAUAAAUAUGAUUUAAUGUAUAUACUGUAUAUCCCAGAUAUGACAAGAAAUCUGAGGUAAAUAUCUUGAGAGAUUUUGCAGGAGAAGCAACAAGUUAAAAGAUGACGUGUAGUGGUAACUACGUCAGUAAAGACAAUUAUAGACAACCAUUAUCAGUGUCAACGAUUAUUACACUUAAAUGUAAAAAUCCAAAUUCAAACAAACAGAAAACUUGCUACACCUGUGUUGUGGUAUUCUUAAAAUCAAUUUAUAUUUGUAUGUAUUUUUUUAGUGUUUGUAA